AAGUCAAUCAUUUCACUCAAUCCUCAAAAAAAAAAAAAAAAUGUCCAUUUUCAGUAAAGUUAAUCUUCCUGAAGAACUCUUAAUCAACAUCUUUUGUAGAUUACCUGCAAAAUCCAUAGGCCAAUUAAGGUGUGUAUCAAAUCCAUUAAAUUCUCUUCUAACUAAUAAACACUUUCUCAAAAAUCACUUUACUAGUAAAAUCCACUUUCAAGAACCUGAAAAACUCAUGAUCCUAUCAAAUUCCACCUCUUUUCACACUAUAACAAUAAAAUACAAUAAUGUUUUUUCAAAUUUUGUUAAUUUUCAGCCAACCCCAAGUGAUCAUUUUGUUGAAAUAUGUGGUUCUUGCAAUGGGUUGGUAUUGAUUUUGAAUAAUAAUGACAGUUUAGUUUUAAUAAACCCCUUGACUUUAGAUUUCAAGAAAAUCCCAAGUUGUCCUUUUGCUCUUGAUCCUAUUGGUAGUUUUAGUAUGUAUGGAUUUGGAUAUGAUUAUGUUAAUGAGGAUUAUAAGAUUGUUGUGAUUUCAAGAUAUGAUCAUGAUAAUGAAUAUGAACCUGAUAUAUUAGACAUGUUUAUGGAUAUUUAUUCAUUAAAAGUUGGAUCUUGGAAGAGGAUUAAGAGUUCACCUUAUGAUCAUGCUGUUGCUGAACUUGCUUCUGGUGUUUUUGUGAAUGGUGCUUUGCAUUGGUUAGCUAGUAAAAUGCCUGAUUAUGCAUCUGUUAUUGGUGGUUUUGUGUUGAGUGAUGAGGAAUUUGUUGAGGUUCCUGCUCCUAGUUGUCUUGAUAAAAGUAAAUUUGUGUUCGAUAAGCUUGUGGUUCUUAAAGGGUGUCUUUGUAUGAUUGAUAAUCCGGAGGGUAGUAGAAUCAAUGUUUGGAUGAUGAAGGAGUAUGGUGUGGAGGAAUCGUGGACAAAGUUUUGCGUUGAUGGAAUCGAUUUUUAUGACUUUUUGAAACCGUUGUGUUUUAUAAGAGAUGAUGGUGAAGUUGUGUUGAAUGUGGAUGGGGAGAAGUUGAUGGUUUAUAAUGUGCAAGAAGAGAAUUCGAGGGACUUGGAAGUUGAUGGAAUUACGGAUAGGUUUGAUAGCGUUGGAACUUUUGUGGAGAGUUUGGUAUCUCCUGCCGAUCCUAACUUGUUUGGUAUUGAGGCGUAAUUACUGUUGUUGGAGUCUUGUAUCUUCCUUAUGUCACAUGUUAUUGGUGCUUUUGUGUUGAGUGAUGAGGAGUUUGUUGAUGUUGUUGUCUUGAUAAAGAUAAAUUUGUGUUCAAGGGGUGUCUUUGUAUGAUUGAUAAUCCGGAGGGUAGUAGAAUCGAUGUUUGGAUGAUGAAGGAGUAUGGUGUAGAGGAAUCUUGGACAAAGUUUUGCGUUGAUGGAAUUCCGGACAGGUUUGAUAGCGUUGGAACUUUUUUGGAGAGUCUGGUGUCUCCUGCUGACCCCAACUUGUUUGGUAUUGAUAUUGUUGUUGUAGUCUCGUAAAAACCAGCUAUAUCCGAUCGUGGUUGGCCUUUCACACCCCCUAGACACAAGUCCUAUGUCCCCGUAUUUUGCCACAUACAUGAGUUCGGUCCUCCAAGUCCUGUUAGAGAUCUCUUCAACCUGCUCAUGGCUAGAUCGAUUGUAGUUAUUGUUGUUGCAGUCUCACAUCGAUCUCCUUAUUUGGCGUGUUCUACGAGGAGAUCAGCAAAGGGUACAAUGGAAUGAUAUCUAGUUUGUUCAACUUUAAUCAGAGAUAUCAACUUCGAGCCUUCAGAAGGAAGUCCUCUUCCUCUUCGGUAGGAAACACUAAAAUCUCCUACGGCGCAAUCUAGUUUAGUUAGGACCAGUGGCUUCGGAACACUGAAUGUACAAACUUCGUUUCUUUUUUGGAAUCGAUCUUCCUGUUUUAUGUCGUAUACUAGUAGCACUGAUGUAUAGGUUGUUUCGUUUAGAUGUAUUCGAAAUCUUGAUCUUUUGUGUUGUAUACAAGUAUACUGUUAUCAUA